GAUUGUAGGGAGAGAGAAAAAGGGAGGGAGUGUGAGGAUUCGGUGUUUCGUCGUACAAGGGGAAGCGAUUGUAUAUAGUGCGUGUAUUUAUAUGUACAUUUUUAGUUUCUGACUUUUCACCAGGAAAUUGAAGUAGAUGGCAAUAUACUGAUUAAUACGGUUGUUUUUGACAUUCAAUGUAUACGCUAUGCACGGGGACCGGGUUGCCAUUCAUAGCCAUAAAAACAUAGCCAUACAAUACGUUGCAAAGAAGRACAUUUUACCAAAUAAUUCGACAUUUGGGUGAUCCCAAACGAGUCGCAACCGAUGGACAUACGGUCAUCUUGACUGAGCGCGUCGAAAGUAUUUAUCCAGUAAUGGCACAGCUAUUCUUUCUUAUAAUUCUGUAUGCUCUGCCAUCUCUUGUUGUGGCCAUACAUAAUUCAACAACUGGAGGCUGUGCCAUCAUCCGUCCUCCCAGAGAUGGAGGCAUCCGCUACAGAGGCCUGACACAAGAACAGAUUCGCAAUGUGCAGAUUCUACCAGUGGACUACGAGAUAGAGUACAUCUGCAGGGGGAACAGGGUCAUAGUGGGCCCUAAGGUCAGGAAGUGCCUUCCCAACGGCACAUGGACCGACAUCACACAGCACAGCAGGUGUCUGCUGCUSUGCCCUCGUGUGUGGACGUCCCUGGAGAAUGGGAGGGUGGCSCUGAAGCCCCCUGGGCCACCGGUGGAGGGCACCGUGCUGCACUACAGCUGCCAUGCUGGCUUCAUGCUGGAGGGCAGGAACAUCACACACUGCACCAAGCGUGGCUAG